CAUUCCUCGGUCUCUUUCGCUCCGAUUGAACGUGACGUAGUGUUAGUUUAUUAGCAUAGCCAUUUGAAGAGGAAUAACCAGUUAUUGUCUGGUGCAACUUGCAACACUUUGGAGCCUGAAAUAUGUUCUCAGAUAAACUCCCAAGUGAAAGUUUUAGGAAAGAUCUUCCACCGUGUAUGGACUAACCAUCUUGCCCACAUGUGAGCAUGGGCAAGUGGCAUCCCCUCAGCAACCUACGGAGCUACCUGGAACAUCAUCCCCCUGUAGUUAUAUUUUUCCUGUGUAUGCUCAUGCUGUCUUUGACCUUCAUUGGGGUUGGCUUCUAUACUCAGACCCACGUUGUGAGGAACCCAGACGUGACUCCUGACUGGAACCAGUUUCUGGGGUCCAUAGCCAGUCUGCAGUUCUGUCUGCCUCUAAAUGGAAGUGUUGACGGGGAGCCUGCCUCUCUGCCGAGGGAGAAGGGUAAUGGACAGCCAGAAAACUCUGUGGGCAUUGUCCAGCGGUCUCUGUUGGUGCCAUUGGCGUUCAAAGGGAACACAGCAGGAGAAACACCUAGCAUCCUCAGUACAGCAUUGCUGGGGAGCCAAGUGGGCUUCCAAGGAGCAGCUGGGAAAGAAGCAUUCAACAUGAGCCUGAUCUUCUAUCCUCCGACACAAGCCACUGUGCCCAAAUUUAGCCUGGACAGUUCCUCUGUGGCACCACGUACCUGCCUUCAACUCAGGGCUCCGAAAUCCAUGCUGCCUCAAACCCCGAGUCCACCUGAUUGUCCACUCAAACUGGAUAUGGGUCGUGACCAUUCGAACAUCAGGGUUUUUACAGAACAGAGUGACUCAUCUUUGUUCCACUGCCUCAAACUGGACUUUACCCCUGAUGAUAGUUUGACUGCCUUUCUCUCUCAGGAGGACAAAAACCUGGUAGGGCUACAUUUGCUGUGGGCCAGUGCUACUCUGUUGGCCAUGUGCGGACUACUCUGCUUCAGUGCCAGUCUGGCCUGCUGUAGGUCACGGCGCUAUCAUGGAAAUGAUCUUGGUCUACACAAGGAUAUGUAAUAUGGGUUUUAAUUCCCAGGAGCCACUACUGGAGUCCUGACUCCACUUAUGGUUACAGAAUUUGGAUACAUCAUCCAAGAUAUGGAGUUCAUUCCUGAAAAAGAGAACAAUGAGGAAGAUGGAUGAUGAAACUGAAAACGGAAAAUUCCACCUAGGGAAAUUCCAAAUGUCUGUUUACCAUUCCAUGGCAUUUCGCCAACAUCAGCCUAAGGGGCAACACAAGUUGGGACCAUCUGGACCACAUAUAGCAGAAUUGAGAGGUCCAGCAAUGAUACCAUUUGGGUGUUCUGGCCUGUUUCUGGUUGUCAUGUACUGCAGAAAGAGAAAUCUAGUGUCGGAACUAGUAUCUUCACACACCAUACUGAUUUCAGUUUAAAAUAAAAAAGACUACCUGUGAAAUAAGCCUUACCUGACAGGAAACAUAAAAAAUGCACAUAAAUGUGUGUGUGUUGAAAUGUAAUGGACCAUUUGUGAUUACUGUUAUCAUGUUUUCUGUUUAAAACUUGGUAUGUGGUGUUAUGUAGUUUUGUUAAUCGUUUGUUGUUUGAAUUCUAAUUGUUUGGACAGUAAUUCUGAGCUUUUGUUUUUGUUUGUUUAAACUAAUUUAAAAUAGAUAUUAUCUAAAAGGGGAUCUUAAUCAGGUCAAAAACACAGUGUGGAGCUCUGCUGGACCUGCCAAAGCAGGGAAGACCACACUAUAAUGCUGUAGCUUAUCCCUAUGCUCGCAGCCUUUUCUCAUGGGAACCAUUGUGCUUCUGAUUGAGUGUCUGAUGACGUGGGGCGGGGUUAGAUAAGGCCUUGAGGCUCCAAGCCAAGAGUAGGAGUAAGUGGAAACAAUACCACAGUACAUCUUGAACGGAAUGUUGGAAAACAACUUUUGUAUGAAACUUGAAAUUUCGACUUACUUAGACUCUGGUGGUUUUGAGAGAGUUUGGUACGUAAUACAUGGCAUUGUGUUAUGAAUUCCACAUGGUAUGUGGUUUUGCAUUUCAUUUUGUUCUUUCACGUGGUAAAAAAUAAUAGGCAAACACUGGGUUUGAGAAGCCAGUGUAUAAUACGGAACACAACUGCUAGUGCCAUAAUAUUCUAUAUUCAGAGUUCUUAUCUAAGGUACUGCAGGUAUGUCGAUCUGUGUCCUUAACUUUUGUAAAUUGUGGAUUUCCAAGGACUGCAAUGGUGUGCAUUAGUAAAAAAUAAAUAAAUAAAAACUGAAUAACCAAAGACAUUUAUCCCUAAUGCCUAUCUGAUACACUACUAUAGUAGUAUCAGAUGUCCUCAAUGCAAGACUUGUAUGUUGAAUUACCUGAAUUGAAUAAAAACAUAUCGCAAUAA